CAGGAAAGACGCCGUCUUGCGUAGCAGCAGCUUUGCCAUUUUUAGGUGCAAAGGCCAAGCUGUUUGGAGCAGCCGUGGUGUUUUUGCAGAAGCAAGGGUCAGCGACUGGAUGCUUCCCUGUUGUUUGCGGUGAGAAAAUGGCUGAUUUCUGCAGGAGGCUCUGGGUGCUCCAGGCAAACCUCUGGCUGAUGGCCCUGGCUGCAGGUGGGAUCUCAGCAGUCGGGAACAGCACCGGGAACAGCACCAGUAACAGCACAGGCAAUGGGUGCCGAAAGCUGCACCAGCACCCGCGCUACGUGGCGGCCAAGAGGAACACACCCAUCAACUUCAUCUGCUACACCCAAGAGCCCCAGAGCAUGCAGUGGUACAAGACAUCGGAGGACAGCGAUCAGAUCUAUGUGAUGGACCAGAGCACCUCCCGCUUCAGCGUCGAGAGGAAAGAAAACUUCAUCAACUUCACCAUCUUCAGGAUCAGAUACGAGGACAACGGCAUCUACGUGUGUGACAGGAAGAAUCUCACGUCGGAGAACAAGCGGCCACACAUGUGCGGGACGGAGCUCAGAGUCAUGGGUCACAGCAAUAUCCAGCAGAUCCAGAGCAGGAACACCCUGAAAGACGCCAUCAUCAUCAUCCAGUCCGUCCUGCUGGUCGUCUUCAUCAGCGUCCCCAUGCUCCUCUUCCUAGACAAAGGUGAAGGCAAAGAGAGCCCUGAGGAGGACCACACCUAUGAGGGUCUGGAGGUGGAGCAGAUGGCCACCUACGAGGACAUCACUCCUUUCCGUGACGUGAAGGCCAAAUGGACGGUCGGGGAACACCCAGGGGAGGAGUGAGGGGUCCCACACCCACCGCCAGGCCGGCACCGGUGGCACCGCUCCCUGCCAGCACCGCGCCAGUGCCCCGUGGGGACAGGCACCCGGGUCCCGAUCUGCCACCACGGACCUUCAGCUGCCUCCAGGAGCCCUGCGCAGAGCUCGAGUCUUGCUGCCCUUCAGUGCUCGCUGCGCCCCCCAAGACCGUCCUGCCCCGGCUGCUGCUCUUACUGCCCCGCUGCUGAACCCCUAAAGCCCAUGUAGAUAUUAGGAGACAACCCCAGCCCCCUGGUCGCCAGCAGCCCCGAUCCCCAGGCAGCCCCACAUCACGCUCUGAGCUCCUGCGUGGCCACCACAAUGGCAGUACGGUGCUGGGUGCUGGGGCUCCUCUGUCCCCACCACCUCCUGGAAAGAGAGGACCACGCUUGAUCACUCCCCAUGCUGCAAGGACCCUUGUGGGCUGUGAGACCCCGCUGUGGGCCCUGUACUCCUGGCAGUGGAGCCAAGGUGAGCAGCACCAUGGGGGUGCUAUAAGUAGAUUUGGGGCCACUGUUUAGCUCUCAAGCCAUAGACGUGCCCAGCAGGCCAAGCUGGAAGUUGUACAAGCUGGAAGAUCCUCUGAAAGUGCCUCGUUCUCUCCAAAGACUGCAGAAAGGCUGGGGAGGCAGCCCCCACCUGGAGGGUCUUGCACAGGGCUUGCUCCUCACCAGGCAAGAGCUGGCCUGUGUCAGAAGGACGUCCCCUUGGUGAGGGACAAGUGCAACCUCAGAACCUAUGGGAAAGACUUAAAGUGUGGGACACAGGUGUACGACUGCUUUUUCAAGCCAUAAUAAAGGUAACGGGUAAAUUCACAUCCUGCACCUCCUGUUCCAGGCAUCCAAGCUGCCUCCUGCCGUGCCUGAUCCAGGGGUGUCCUGGUGCCACGUCCUGGUGCCACCCCACCAUAACCCUGGUGCCAGGGGCUGUGGGAUGUCUGGGAACAAGAAGCAGCUUUCUGUGGGUUCUGCUCAGGCAGCUGGAAACCAAAUUUCACCUCUUCAGGGCCCCAAGCGCAGGCAGGGAUGUGAAGUCGAGAGCAGCCGUGGGCUCUGCUGGAAGCCCCGGCUGAGCACUCACGGGGGGAUCACUGCAGCCCCAAGACGUCAGUGCUGAGCUUGGGAUGAGACAAAAACCACCGCCAGGAACCGAAGCAGGAGGAACAGGGCCCAAUGCCAGAAGCAAAGAGCUGAGCUCUGCUCCAGCUACAUCUGCUCUUGCAAGAAAAGCUAGAAAACAUCUGGAGAGGAGCAGAACGGCACUAAUUGGUUCUGUUAAUAAAAACUGUUUUGGCACGGCAGCAGCAGGCGUGCGGGUGACGGGGCUUCGGGCUGGCUGGGCACACAACACCGGGGCUUUCACUGCCAGGGGGGUCCCCAGAGGCAUGGGGAGCCCAUCACGGUGGGUUUGACAGGAUGAAGCUGGACAAGGCAGGACACCAGGGUGACGGGCAUCAGGGGGGUGACAACAACUGUGAGGCUGAAAGAUGAGACCUCCCCAAGUCAUGGACAGCCA